AUGGUAGGAGAAACUCAAAUGGGUGUUUCAUUCAAUUCCGUACCAAUUCAAUGCUUAGCGCUGUGCUUACUUCAUUGUAUCAAUGAUGAAAAACGCAGGCCUUAUGUGGAAAUUGAGAAACUUGAUUCUGACGAUGAAUCUGAAGUUGAUCCUUUUAGCGAUGACGGUGAGUACGGAAACGAUCCAUACUAUGUGCCAGAUAAGGAUCGAGAUGCAGGCCAAAGUUCAGACGAAGAAUCCGAAAAGAAUGAUGGACCUCAUUGCAGCACAGGAACUGAACAUUGUGAAAAUGAAAUCGUACAGGAAGAUAUUGAUUCAUAUAUCUUUGCCAGUUCUAAUGAAAGCUCAGAUGAUACCUCAGAAGUCGAGCCCAACACUUGUGAGACGGAGUCUGAAGGCGAGUGGUUUGAAAACGCCAAAGAAAUACCGCAAUUUAAUUUUGAUGCUAGAAACUGUGGCGUGAAAAUUAGCCUCGAAGAAAAUUGUACCCCAAGAGAUAUUUUUGAUAAGAUAUUCACGUCCGACGUAAUGCAAAAAUUGGAUGAUUCAACUAAUACAUAUGAGUCAAAUCUUUGCGCGGAUAAUCCCCAUACUCGUAAUGCACGUUUUACUGAUUUUAAACCUACCAACAAUGAAGAAAUGUAUAAGUUCCUGGGUAUAUGCUUGCUUCAGGGUCAAGUAAAGGCGCCUAAAAUUCGCGACCUAUUUUCACGCGAUCCUUUUUAUUACCAUCCUGUAUUUAGGCACUCAAUGACUGGUUGUAGAUUUGAACAGCUCAUACGUUGCUUGAGUUGCUCCGCGGAAAGUGGCGAUGAGACUAAACUAAGAAAAAUUCAGCCGUUAUUGAAUCUUUUUCUUCAAAGUUUCCAAAGUGCCUUAUAUUCAGGGGAUUAUCUUUCUUUGGAUGAAUCGCUUUUACUCUUCAGGGGACGGCUACAGUUCCGCCAGUACAUCAAAGGUAAAAAGGCCCAAUAUGGUAUUAAAUUGUACGGGCUAACAACAAGCGAUGGAUAUGUUCUAAACAUUGAAAUCUAUCAAGGGGCAGAAGAUAAUAAACAAAAGUCAAAAGUUGGAAAUAUUGUCCAUCGUCUUAUGGCUCCAUACCUCAAUAAAGGACAUCAUCUAAUUAUGGACAACUUUUACAACAGUGUCGAACUCUCGAAAAAUCUCCUAUCAUAUAAAACGCAUGUCACAGGCACACUACGAGUAAAUCGUAAAGGAAAUCCCAAGGCUAUUACCGGAACUAAACUUUCGAAAGGAGAGUACAUAUGGCGUCGGCAAGGCCGAGUGUAUGUAUCGAAAUGGCGUGAUAAGCGAGAAGUGCUUUGCAUAACAACUGGAAAUCAUCCUCAACAUGUUCAAACUACGCGUAAAUGGGGACGUACAAUCGAUAAACCUAAUUGUCGUUUAUAA